UGACAUAUUUGACGCAUGCCUUUGACGGCGUGGAGCGCGGGCGUGUGAAGAGGCUGUGACGCAUGCGCAGUAGAGGCCAGAUGUCAUUGGUCCAGGCGGCGGGAGAUGCUGAGCAUGUUGAGUCCGAGCAGCUGCGAGGAUGACGUGAUUUCAGAGGCACAAACUCAGCUAAAAUAAUCCUUUUUUUGUUUGUUUGUUUUGUUUUUUUGUUGCCGCUCGGUGACGUCAUCGCCCUGGCGGCGGCGACGCUGAGGCGACGUGACGCCGCCCGCGCGGAUGCUCGGAGGAGCACGUGACAGCUGAUGAUGAGGAACAAAGCAUCGGUGGCAGUAUCAGCCAACGAUGGUGGAUCCCUGCGAGGCCGAGGAGCAGACCAAAUCCAUUGGCCCGCCACUCUGCGCCCCCACACUGGCCUCUGAAGACCACCGCUUGCCAGAUCAGGCCGAUGGCGCCACCACAGAGGAGGAAGGAGAUGCUUGCUUUCAGACCCCGCCCUCGGGCAGCUGCGAUCCGAGCCCUUGCCAUGUCGUUGGGUUGCCAGGUAGCUCAGCUCCAGACGGCUCGUUUCCAGAUGACUCAGUUACAGAUGACUCGUUUCCAGAAGGCUCAGUUCCGGACGGAUCAGAUCCGGAUGGAUCAGUUCCGGAUGGAUCAGUUCCGGAUGGAUCAGUUCCAGACGGCUCGGUUCCAGACGGCUCGGUUCAGGCGGCGAUUUCAGCUCCACUGCCGCAGCCCAACAAUGACGAUCUGUCGCCCAAACUGCACCUGGACCUGUACAACUUUGACUCCCCUGCCGCAGAGGGCAGCCGCUACGUGCUGACCAGCCCCCGUUCGCUGGAGGCCUGUGCUCGAUGCAGCGUCAAACCCGUUGAGCUGCUGCCCCGCCCGCUGUCGGACAUUGCCCGCGAGGCGCCGGGUCGUUCCAUGCGGGUGGCUACGGGUCUGUUUGAAGUCUACGAGAGGGAGCGUCACGCAAAGCUGAGGCACUGCAGGGAGGAGAGGGAGCGCAUCAUCAGGGAGGAAAAGAGGAGGGCCAUGCAGGCGGAAGUCAAUAGCUCUCCUUCCUCUUCCUCGAUGGAGCAGCACAAAGUCUCCUGCAGUUCCUCGCAGUCUCCUACACCUCUGACCUCAAGUUUGAAUUCUGAAUCCACCCCUCCAGCACUGUCAUCUAAAGCAGGAUCACCUCUCCAAUCUAAAGCCUGUGGAACUACCAAAGCUGGCUCCUCAGGGCCCAAGCAGUCCACAUCCUCAUAUGAACAAGCGAAAACCACAAGACCACAGUCAGGUGGUCCCCCAGCGGUUGUCCGGAAGUCCUCUGGCAGCAAAUUGUCAAACACAUUUCCCAGGCCAACAUCUAAACCGCCAACUUUUGUCCGAGCCAAGUCAACCUUGACGUCAUCAGUGUCAAAACCGCAGAGCACCGGCACGCCACUUAACGGUGGGUUCUCCAAGCACAACGGUCACUUCCAUCCAAACGCUAAAAGUCAUUCCAUGGAGUCCUUGCAGAGAAAGAUGGAGCCCCCCUCCACCUCCAACACCACAACUUGCACCUCCUCAGAGUCCGGUGCUUCGUCGUCGUACAGUUGGGACGGUCCGCGGGACCACUGGACAAAAGUAUCCAGCCCCCGCGCUCGCACCUUGGCCACGUUCAACUCUCUGAUGGGCCGUAGUCUUAGCCUGGGGGACCUGAGCCACUCCCCCCAGACCACGCAGAAGGUGGAGCGCAUCGUCCAGGAGGUGAAGCGGCGAGGCCUGAAUGCCGUGUCAGAGCGCGACCGCAAGAUCGCAGCGUUGAUGCUGGCUCGAUAUCAGGAGGAGGACAUCAUGAGCCAGACCCGCUACGUGGCCCACCUCCAGUGGGACAGCGAGCGCAGGAUGGAGGAGCUGCGGCAUGAGCAGGAGGAGCGGGACAAGCAGCGUGCUGUGAUGGAGUACCAGCGCUUGUGGCAGACUCAGGUGUCCAUACGCCAGCGCCGACUCAGCCAGCAGGAGCGACGCUCUGUCGCCGCCAAGUUGCGCCAGGCCGAGGAGAGCGAGAAGCACUGGAAGGAGCUAGCAGAGCAGCAGGAGCGCCACCGCCUGCAGAGGCUGCAGCAGGCGGCGCGGGAGGAGAAGCACAAGAAAGCCUUGCAGGAGCAGAACCUGAAGGCCUUGGAGGAGGAGCGAGCAGCCGUGCUGGAGCAGGAACGGCUGCUGCUGAAGGAGAAGCUCACCAUUGCCGAGCUGAAGAGGCAGGAGAAGGAGCACCAAGCCCAAGAAGAUAGAAGAGGCCUCAACAAGGCGGAGAGGAGACGCCACGCCGCCUUGAUCCAGGAGAUCGCCCGACGAGAGCAGGAGGAGCGGGAGGAGGCCAAGAGGACGGCAGAGGAGAAGCUGAGCCGCUCCCUGGGGAACUACAAGCAGAUGGUGGAGCGCCGAGACCAGGAGCUGAAGGAGAAGGCCCGGCGUGAGGACAAGCAGAUCCAGCGCGCUCGCAAGGCCGCUGAGAAGCGUGAGAAACAGCAGCAGCAGCAGCUGGAGGCCCGCGCCAAGGAGGCGGAGAAGCGCUCCCGACAGGCGGCGCUGGUGGCUGAGGAGCACGCCAAGGAGAAGGCCAAGCGUGCCGUCCAGUCCCGGCAGGAGAAGGAGCGCCUGCAGAGGCUCAACCGGCAGCGCGUGGAGGACGAGGAGAAGCAGCGGCGCGUCGACCUGCUGCAGUCCAUCGAGAGGAAGUUGGAAAAGAGCGAGCAGAUCUUCAAGGAGAAGCGAGCGGUGCUGGAGAGCGCUCGCUCCGUCGCCCGCGCCUCCUUCCACGUUCGCGACAAAGUGCGCGAGGAGACCAACAUGCGCACCUUUGACAAAAUGGCACUGGAAGCCCAGCUCAAAGCCAGCCUGGACGACAAGUAAGCGUCAGUGUUACCUUUUUUUCACCCCAAACUUUCCCUUCCAUCUCACCAGGAAUCAAGAUUUUCUAGUGCAGGAACAGGGUCUCCCUCCAGGGCCUUGAAAGGAGAACUCUUGCAGCCAUGAGUCAGGACACCACAACGGAGAAUGGUGCUCCUGGCUGGAUUUGGACUGAGGAUGAAUCACCCACUCCCUGGUCCCGCCUCCUCCCUGGUCCCGCCUCCUCCCUGGUCCCGCCUCCUCCCUGGUCCUGCCUCCUCCUUGGUCCCGCCUCCUCCCUGGUCCUGCCUCCUCCUUGGUCCCGCCUCCUCCCUGGUCCUGCCUCCUCCUUGGUCCCGCCUCCUCCAUCUUCCUCCAGCCGCCCACAUGCUCAGCUCCCCAGGUGUUUCAGGUGAACCUCCAGGUGUCCCCAAGAAGAACUCACCUUCCUUAACCAGGUGUACUUUGAGGAAUGAGAUCUUCACAAACAAGUCCAGUACCAAGUCCUCAACCCUCCCCCUCCCUCCAUCCUUCCAAAUGAUCAAUGUUAUCUAAAGCACACCUGUUGAGGUGUGGCUACGCUGCCCGGAGAACAAUCAAAUACCAAAAUAAAAGUGUUCUUUUUUCUUUCUGA